AGGCUAGAAAUUAGGGAAGAAGCUGACUUGAUGAAAUUGCCCUUCACAUCUCUCCAACUGCUUCUCCACACCCUGUCCAGGAAGGCACAGACAUGGAGACCAAGAACUACAGCAGUGACUCAGGCUUUAUCCUCCUGGGCCUCUCUUCCAACCCUCAGCUACAGAAACCUCUCUUUGCCAUCUUCCUCAUCAUGUACCUGGUCACCGUGGUGGGCAAUGUACUCAUCAUCCUGGCCAUCCACUCAGACCCCCGACUCCAUACCCCCAUGUACUUUUUCGUCAGCAACCUGUCCUUCAUAGAUAUCUGCUUCACAACUGUCAUUGUGCCCAAGAUGCUGGUGAAUUUACUGUCAGAGACAAAGGCUAUCUCCUUCCUGGGAUGCCUGGUCCAGAUGUACUUCUUCAUGGCCUGUGGGAACACUGACAGUUACCUGCUGGCCUCCAUGGCCAUAGACCAGCUGGUAGCCAUCUGCCACCCCUUCCAUUACAAUAGGGUUAUGAACCCACGGCGCUGCCUCCUCAUGCUGCUGGGUUCUUGCACCAUCUCCCACCUGCACUCCCUGCUCCGUGUGCUACUCAUGUCCCACCUGUCCUUCUGUGCCUCCCAUGUCAUUAAGCACUUUUUUUGUGACACCCAGCCUGUGCUAAAGCUAUCCUGCUCUGACACGUCCUCCAGCCAGAUUGUGGUCAUGACCGAGACCUUGGCUGUCAUCGCGACCCCCUUUCUGUGCAUUCUCUUCUCCUACCUGCGAAUCAUCAUCACUGUGCUCAGAAUUCCCUCUGCAGCCGGCAAGUGGAAGGCCUUCUCUACCUGUAGCUCCCACCUUACCGUAGUGGCCUUGACCUAUGGGAGUGUCAUCUAUGUGUAUUUCAGGCCCCUGUCCAUGUACUCAGUGGUGAAGGACCGGGUAGCCACAGUCAUGUACACAGUAGUCACACCCAUGCUGAACCCCUUCAUCUAUAGUCUGAGGAACAAAGACAUGAACAGGGGCUUAAAGAAAUUAAGGAACAGAAUUCACUUAUAG